UCAUUCCCCCUCUCACCACCCUAUAUACUCCCCUAGAGAUGCACCCAACAACAAUAUAACCAUUGCAUGCCCAUCUCUCUCUCUCUCUCUCUCUCUCUCUCUCUCUCUCUCUCUCUCUCUCUCUCUCUCCAUGGUUUCCACCGGAGCCCAUGUUGUGGAUGAUGAUGCAACAAUAGUAGAUUUUAGAGGCAACCCAGUCGACAAAUCCCGAACGGGUGGAUGGCUUGCUGCUGGUCUCAUCUUAGGUACCGAACUUUCGGAGAGGAUAUGCGUGGUCGGGAUUUCAAUGAAUUUAGUCACUUAUUUAGUUGGAGAUUUGCAUCUUCCAGCUUCCAAAUCAGCGAACAUCGUCACCAAUUUCUUGGGUAGUCUCAAUCUCUUGGCCUUCCUUGCAGGCUUUAUAGCUGAUGCCAAGUUGGGACGAUGCAUGACAGUCGUAAUCUCGGCGGCCAUAACUGCUUUGGGUGUGACUUUGUUAACCAUUAACACAUCACUUUCUAGCAUGAAACCCCCACCAUGCGACGAUUACAGAAGGCAACACCACGAGUGUGUGACGGCCUCAGGCAAGCAGCUGGCGAUGCUCUACACCGCUCUCUAUGCCAUAGCAUUAGGAGGCGGGGGUAUAAAAGCCAACGUCUCAGGUUUUGGCUCGGAUCAGUUCGAUGUGAGAGAUCCUAAAGAGGAAAAGGCGAUGGUCUUCUUCUUCAGCCGCUUCUAUUUCUGUGUUAGCUUGGGUUCCCUCUUCGCUGUGACGAUUUUGGUAUACAUACAAGACAACGUUGGAAGAGAGUGGGCGUACGGAAUAUCGGCAACGACGAUGGUGGUGGCUGUCCUCGUACUGCUUGGAGGGUCAUUGGUGUACAGAUACAAGAAACCACGAGGGAGUCCACUUACUGUUAUAUGGAAGGUGAUUUACUUGGCUUGGAAGAACAGGAAUCUAUCAUUGCCUUCCGAUCCCUCCUUGUUGAAUCAGUACCACAACGCCACGGUGCCUUACACCCAAAGAUUCAGGUGUCUCGACAAGGCCGCUGUCAUACCUGACCCAUCCGAUGUGGAGGGAGUUGAAGGGGACCGAGGCGCUUGGAAAUUCACCACUGUGACCCAAGUAGAAGAGGUGAAGAUGGUCUUGAAGCUACUCCCCAUCUGGUCCACCUGCAUUCUCUUUUGGACCGUCUAUUCCCAGAUGACCACCUUCUCGGUGGAGCAGGCCACGUUCAUGGACCGCAACGUGGGAUCUUUCGUCAUCCCUUCAGGCUCCCUCUCCUUCUUCCUCUUUAUCACCAUCCUCCUCUUCACCUCUCUCAAUGAGAAGCUCCUUGUGCCGUUGGCUCGGAAAUUCACCGGCAUGGUCCAAGGCAUCACGAGCCUCCAGAGAGUUGGCGUAGGUCUCAUUUUCUCCAUGAUGGCCAUGGUCGCUGCUGCGAUCGUCGAGAAGCAAAGGAGGGAAGCCACAAUUCGACACCAGACCAAAAUGAGCGUCUUCUUCCUUGUGCCUCAGUACUUCCUAGUGGGUGCUGGUGAAGCUUUCGCAUAUGUCGGGCAACUUGAAUUCUUCAUAAGAGAGGCUCCUGAGAGGAUGAAAUCCAUGAGCACGGGUCUCUUCCUUACAACGCUUUCGAUGGGUUUCUUCCUUAGUAGUUUGCUAGUGUCUUUAGUUGAUAAGGCAACCAAGGGAGCUUGGAUCAAGAACAACUUGAAUAAGGGGAGGUUGGAAUACUUCUAUUUGAUGCUUGCAGUUCUUGGGGUAUUGAAUUUCUUGGUUUUCCUUGUGUUUGCCAGGCGCCACCAAUACAAGGUGCAGUCAUAUACUUCUGAUCAAGUGUUGGAGAAAGAUGUGGAUAUCCGGAGAAAUGGGAGUGUUGAACUUGAACAAGUGCCCAAAUCGGUUGAUGCUCAGUAAGAAGCUGAAAGACAACAUUCGUCUACAAUAAAACUGUUUUAUGCAAUGCAUAAAACACCCAACCUCUUCGGGCCCACCAUAAUGUAUACGUGGAAUAAGUCCGGAUCCUCUGGUUGCCACAAGCAGGAUUUCCAGCUUCUUGCAGUGUGAUUGAUCCACAUCAACUGACUGAAUUUAAUGCAGCAGUGCGACAACAUCAGUGAUGACGUGUACUAAUCACAUUGCAACGAGCAGAAAUCCAAGCAGAGGAUCGGGAUUCAUGUGAAAUCCACUCUAUCCAUCAGGUUAUAAACCAUAUGUUCACCAUUAAAAUACAAAUGAUCAGCCCUGUUAAA